CUCUUCUUUCCCAGUGUCUCAGGAGAAGAGACGCGUAGUUCUUUCACGUCGACGCGUCCUCGGAGUCAGUCACGUUUUCGAUCGCCGAGAUCCAACGUUGAUUUGAAAACUAGAACUCCACAAAUAUGGGAGAAGACACGUCUGUGAAAUCGGAAGCACCAAAACCAAAAACAGAGAAUAAUGAAAAUAAUUCUGGUGGACCCGGUGGCCCCGGAGGCGGCGGCCCACCUGGUCGUGGAGGACGAGGUGCCCGAAGGGGCAAUUCCAGAUUCACCGGAGGCCGUGGAGGUGGUGGUGGACCUGGAGGUCCUGGAGGCGGUGGCAUGGGUGGCCGAAAUAUGGAUGGACCGAUGAAAAUGAGUGAAUCAAUGAUGGAAAAUGAUGCAGAAGGAAUGGGGGGUGGUGGUGGUGCUGGACGGGGGAAUAGCGGAGGAAUGAUGCGAGGGCGAGGUGGACGUGGUGGAGGUCCAGGAAGAGGAAUGGGAAAUCAAAUGUCCCAAGACGACCGAUUGCUUGAACGUGUAAUGAGUAUAAGUGGCCCAACUCACGAAUUGCCACCACAAGACUGCACAGAAAAGAAAUUUAACGGCAGAAACCGAUUGUACGUCGGUAAUCUGACGAACGACGUCUCCGAGGAAGAAAUUAAACAGAUGUUCUCCUCCUUUGGAGAAAUCUCGGAAUUGUUUAUCAACAAAGAGAAGAAUUUCGCCUUCUUGAAAAUGGACUACAAAAUAAAUGCCGAGAAGGCAAAGCACGAACUCGAUGGAUCUCAAAGGAAAGGACGUGCGAUCAAAGUUCGUUUUGCUCCCAGUUCUACGACAGUUAAAGUUAAGAACCUCACGCCCUGGGUUUCCAAUGAAUUGUUGGAGAGAGCCUUCAGUGUUUUUGGCGAUCUCGAGCGCGCUACUGUUAUUGUCGAUGAGCGGGGGAAAUCAACAGGAGAGGGAAUUGUUGAAUAUUGCAGAAAGCAGAGUGCCCAGCUUGCUCUCAGGAAAUGCAAUGAUGGAUGCUUCUUUUUGACUGCAUCACUUCGCCCAGUCGUUGUUGAACCCUUUGAGCAACAAGAUGACGUUGAUGGCUACCCAGACAAAAAUCUGCCGAGGAAGAAUCCGGAAUUCUACAAAGCGCGUGAAGCUGGUCCACGAUUUGCUCAAAUUGGCAGUUUUGAACACGAGUACGGAACGAGGUGGAAGCAGCUGCACGAACUUUACAAACAGAAGGAAGACGCUCUCAAGCGCGAAAUGAUAAUGGAAGAGGAGAAACUUGAAGCACAAAUGGAAUUUGCGAGAUACGAGCAUGAGACUGAAAUGUUGAGAGAACAAUUGAGAAUCCGAGAGGCAGAUCGUGACAGGCAAAAGCGAGAGUGGGAAUUAAAAGAGCGCCAGGUUGAAGAAGUCCGCACGCGUGAAGAGGAAUUACGAAGGCGUCAAACCGAGGAAAUGACUGGUCGUAUCAGGAGACAAGAGGAGGAACUUCACAGGAGACAACAAGAAAAUAACUUGUUCAUGCAGGAGCAAGCUUUGAGGGGCGGUGGUGGCGGCGGCGGCGUUGGUGUCGUUGGUAAAAAUUACGACUCGAUGAGUAAUAACGAUCGAGACGGUUUCCACGCAGAGGGAGUUGGCGGAAACAACUUGCCAGUGGAUCCGAAGUCCUUUAUGGAUCAGUAUAACAGUAUGGAGCGUGGUCCACGCGGCGGGGGUUACGACGAUCGCGGACAAAUAAUGGACUUGAUGGAUAUGAGGGUUGAAAUGGGAGCAGGAGGAGGUGGAGUUGGAGGAGGAGGAGGAAUUGGUGGUGUUGUUGGCGGUGGAGUCGGCGCCGUUGGUGGCCGCGGUGGCGGGGGUGGUGGUGGCGCUGGCGGCCGUUGGCAGGGGGGUGGCAAUGAUCGUGGUCGUCAGGACGAUUUCCCGAACAAAAGAAGACGUUAUUAGAAUUAAGAUUUGAAAAUAAGUCGUCAUGAAUUCACCAACAGGACAAGAGGAGGAGGGGAACAGAUAUUAAUUCGUAUUCGUACGUUGCAUUUUUUUCUGAUUCCCAUUUUCUUCUUCUUUUUUUUCUUUUUCCAUGAAGUUGGGAGAAAAAAAAAUUGUCCGAAUUUUGGGAGGGAGAUUCUUGAGAUGAAUCUUAAAACGCGUGUGAAAAUUUGAAUGAACAAAUGGUACUUAGAGACUUGGGGAUAUCUUAAGAUUUUAAAGAUAAUGAGCUCCCAAGAAGCUUAGCAUUUUACACUAUUCACGUCUUUAAGCGCCAAAACGUCACAAUAAUUAAGAAUGGUAGAAUCUGAAAAAAUCAGAUUUCAUGGCAUAUUUUAGAUUCUUCACUUCCAGUAGAUAUUUAAAUGUAGAUUAUUAUCUCUUUUUUCCUAGUGAAAAUCGGGGUAGAUUUAUUACUAUUUAAAUUGUUAUUAUUUUUAAUCGAGUUUUUUUUUAUCGGGAAGAGAGCGACUGGAAUCUGAUUUUUAUAUGAGCCUCAUUAUUUUUUUGUCAUAUUGACUUUAAUGAUAUUAUUCUGCGACUAAUUGCUUUUUUCAAUCCAUUUGAUUAAUGAUUUAGAUACACACUUAGCGCUUUGAAAAUAUGAUCUGGUGAAAGAACUGAGUUUGAAUUGACAAAUUUGAAAGUUUUAGGAUUAUUCGUCGAUAUUAUAAUUUGUGCAUUGUACACCGAAAUUGAUAAAAACUUCGGUUUUAUGGUGGGGAAAUAAAAAAAAACCACUUUAAUAAUUAGGAUAAAUACGUAUAUUGCAGCAGUAUUGAUAAUGCUUCUGACUUUGUGUGACAAAAUAGUUAAUAUCCUUUUAUCAAUAAAGACAUUAGAUGCACAGUA